AUGGACCGUGCAAAGACUUUUUUGGGUGGUAGAGAGCACAAGUUCAUUUCUUCACUUGCCAGCUAUAUCAUACUCAUGUGUAUCGAGAUUACCACGGGAGAUACAAUGGCUUGGUCAAGAUACUUGACUAGCUGCUAUGACUCCAUAAACAAAAUGGGAGGGUUUGGAAUACUCAAAAAUUAUUCUGAGGAAGGAAGAGCUCUUGCAGAAAACUUUGCCUACUUUGAUAUCCUUGCGUCGCAAUCCAAUGAAAAUGGAACUUAUUAUCCCGUUUACGAGUAUUGCAAUCUUUUCAAUACGACCAAUACCGGUGGCUUCGUGGACCCUUUACUGGGCUGUACCCGUCCGUUAAUCUUGAUAUUAGGCGACGUUAUCAACCUCAUCGUGGAAAUAAGAGCACUCAAAGAAAAUAAUUGUUACACUAAUACUGAAAAAUUACAAACAAUUUUGACCAAAACCGAAGAAAUAGAGAUGAAGCUAAAAAGUGCCCGAAUUUUCACCAUAGAUUAUCAGAUCUUGGCUGAGUCGAAUGACAACGAAAUGAACUAUCACCGUCAAAUGUUUGAACUAUAUCGUAUAUCCAUACAGAUGUACGUCAAACAAGCUAUACGUCGACUACCUCCCAACGUUCCAGAGAUGCAACUCUGCUUGGGUAUGGCAAAUGAAAAUCUAAACUCUUUGAUAGAGAGUCCCUUGCGACUGGGAUUGAGUUUUCCUUUGUUAAUUACAGGUAUGAAUUCCGUCACAGAAGAAGACAGAAACCGUACCAGUUGCAACUUGGAAUUGCUUGGUCGUAACUACGAGUUUGAUUCCAUAGACAAGCUCAAGCAGUUGAUUCAAGAGGUUUGGAAUCUCAACAAAGAUGGUUCAUUGUGUAUCGACUACUUUGAGGUGACUAGGAAGUUUGGCUGGAAGCUCAACAUUGGGAGAUAA